AUGUCGCAAUCGUUAUCAUCAUCAGCAUCAUCGCCAUCAUCAUUAUCAGUAUCCUCGAAAUGUUCGGCAUAUGUUGAUGCAUCUCCACAGCUAACCACAACUUCAUUAAUAUCGUCACCUUCAAAUGAUAAUUUAAGCCGCAAACGUAUUGCUGCCACGAGGCUUCCCCGAAUAUCAUUGUCGGAAGACUCGCAGUCACCCCGAGAUAUAACCACGCAAACCCAAAAUGAUAUAAUUGAUGUGAAGCGACAGCGUAUCGCAGAUGCUACUCAGCGCACUGAUAAUUAUGUUUUGAAUGAUCUUAUAGAAAGUCAGUCGAGAAGUCCAUAUGGAUGUCCCGAUCGUAAUAUUGAUCCUAAGUUAAUUGAUGUGGAAAAAUUUCGUAAAUUAAUGGCAGUGAGACAUCGCCUGAAUGAAGCUCAUAAAUAUUGGAAAUAUGGCGACGUAGAUCAAAUGAGAGAAUUCGUUUUGCCCGAGGAUUGUGAAAUAUGCGAAAGUGAUCGUGGUCAACGUUUUUUAUUUUUGCCAUGGCAGUAUGGAUCAUUACAAAGUAAAAUAGGCGCUAAUAAAUUAUCAGAAGCUGCAGUUCGACCACUUUUUAAGCAAAUUGUUCGGGCUGUAGCAUUUUGUCAUUCUAUUGGCAUCAUCGUGCGUGAUUUAAAAUUACGCAAAUUCGUUUUUAUCGACGAAGAAUUGAGUCGUCUUAGAUUUCGUGAUAUCUUUGAUAUGCAUGUAUGUAAAAACGUCGGUGAUGAUGGUUUGCGUGAUCGGCACAGCUGUCCGGCAUAUGUUGCGCCUGAGAUUCUCAUAAAAAGUUCUCCUGAAUAUGCUGGGCUUCGUACUUUACUCUAUUGUCUGUUACGAAAGGAACCGUUAGAAAGACCUAGCGCGGAAGAUUUGCUUCAUAUUCCUUGGAUUUUUAAUAAUUCAGCAAUGGCCGAAAACAUUGAGCAGCGAUCAUCAUUAGAUAUAAUAUCGCAUCUUCAGUUUAACCUCUCAAGCAGUACGCAUCGUUAUUCUCGCAGAGAUGACCAGGAAGAAGAUCAAGUUGUACCUUCGCUAUCCAAGAAAAAAGGUAGUGCUUGGGAAUAA